AAACGUAAACAAAACAAUUACAUUUAGUUGCGAAAUUCAAUAGAAUAGAAAAUAAUCUAACAUGAGUUAUCCAUUUAGAUGUUUUCCUUCUUUGCGUGGUUGUUUGUUGAAAAUGAACUAUCCUAGAAAGCAGUCCUUAAGAAAGUGUUCGCGUGUCGUUGAAUGUGCAGAUGAAAAUCAAGUACAUUUUAAUGUACCUCCAUUUUUAAAAUUACCGCCGAGACAGCCUGAAAGAAGAAAGCAAAAUUACAACUAUUUUCUUGUUUUAGAUUUUGAAGCUACUUGCGACUCACCUGUAAAUGUAAUGCCGCAGGAAAUUAUAGAAUUCCCAGUCUUAAAAGUGAAUAGUGAAACAUUUGAAACUGAGUCAAUAUUUCAUUCUUAUGUUAGACCUGUUGCCAAUCCAGAAUUAACAGACUUCUGUAAACAGUUAACGGGCAUUACUCAAGAUAUUGUUGAUGAUCAUCCAGUAUUUGAAGAUGUGUUUGAGAGAUUCCAGAGAUGGAUGCAAAAAGAAAACUUACUCAAGAAAAAUGUUACAUUUGCUUUGGCCACUUGUGGGGACUGGGAUUUAAAGUAUAUGUUUCCAAUGCAGUGCAAAGGACUCAGAAUACCGGUGCCUGACUAUAUGAAAAAGUGGAUAAAUGUUAAAAUUAGUUUUGCUGAAGUAUCCAGUGUUUAUCCUCGAAAUAUGAUCACAAUGAUGAAAUAUUGUCAGCUGCAACAUGAGGGAAAAUUACAUUCUGGACUAGAUGACACAAAAAAUAUAGCAAGGGUUUUGAAAGAUUUAGCUGACAGAGGAAUUCUUCUUGAGUGCAAUGGUCAAACAUACUGACUUUAAAAUUGUUUUUAUGAAUAAAUUGUUCAAAUACUCUUUGUACAGCUUGUGUAAAAUAAAUUUUAUUUAUUCG